AUGGCAGCAGAAAGCAGUGUAAAAGUGCCAAGAAUCAAGCUUGGUACACAAGGACUAGAGGUGUCUGCGCAAGGACUCGGGUGCAUGGGCAUGUCGUCAUUCUACGGCCCGCCCAAGCCAGAACCCGACAUGAUCGAGCUCAUUCACCAUGCCAUUAACUCCGGCAUCACCUUCCUCGACACUUCCGAUGUCUAUGGACCGCACACCAAUGAAAUCCUCCUCGGGAAGGCUUUGAAGGAUGGGGUAAGGGAGAAAGUGGAGUUGGCUACGAAAUUUGGGAUUAUAUUACAGGAUAACCAGUUCUGUGUACAAGGAGACCCUGCCUAUGUACGAGCUGCCUGCGAGGCCAGCUUGAAGCGGCUUGAUAUUGAUUGCAUUGAUCUUUAUUACCAACAUCGCAUUGACACACGUGUACCUAUCGAAGUCACGAUCGGAGAACUAAAGAAACUAGUGGAAGAAGGUAAGAUAAAAUAUAUAGGCCUAUCAGAGGCCUCUACUUCGACAAUCAAAAGAGCACAUGCAGUUCAUCCAAUAACAGCAGUGCAGUUGGAGUGGUCUUUGUGGUCAAGAGACGUGGAGAAAGAAAUAAUUCCCACUUGCAGGGAACUUGGCAUUGGAAUAGUAGCUUAUAGUCCUCUUGGACGGGGAUUCUUGUCCUUCGGUCCAAAACUGCUUGAAACUUUAUCUGAAGGGGACUCUCGAAAGUAUUUUCCAAGAUUCCAACCCGAGAAUCUGGAGCAUAAUAAGAGAUUGUUUGAUAGUGUCAAUGAUAUGGCUAAUAGAAAGGGGUGCACCCCUUCACAGCUAGCUUUAGCAUGGGUCCAUCAUCAAGGAAUCGAUGUGUGUCCCAUACCCGGCACCACGAAAAUCGAGAAUCUCAAUAAAAACAUAGAAGCAUUGUUUGUAAAACUGUCAAAAGAAGACAUGGCUGAGCUCGAAUCUAUUGCUUCAGCUGAUGCGGUCAAGGGUGAUAGAUAUGGACCUGGUUUGGGUACGUGGGAGCAUUCCGACACUCCUCUUUUGUCAACUUGGAAAGUUGCAUGA